AUGUCUACCAUUCUCACGGACCUCAUUCGCAACGGUCAAACAACCCGGUCAUCGCCAUGUGUCUUGAUAGCCAGUCCCAGAUCGAUUACGGAGGAGAUAUUCCUCAGCGAUCUUGAAAAUGCCUCCAACAGGGCUGCCGAAUUCCUCGAAAAGGAACUACCGACGGACCACAAGGCCUUCUUCUACAUGGGACCAAGUGAUAUGCGAUACUUCAUAUGGGUUUUGGCAGCGAUGAAGACUGAAAAAUGCGUGAGACAACUUCCACACAAGCAAAUAUAUCGAGGUUGACUGCGCGAUUAGGUUAUGUUUCCAUCACCAGGGAACACUAUACCCGCAAAUCAGCGACUGUUCGAGACGGUAGGAGCCAAAACACUACUUUACCCACCCGAGGGCGAGCAAAUGCUAGCUCCGCUUUUGGAAACAAUUCGGGGGGAGGUCAAGUCCAUCGUCACACUCUCUUACUCAGAGCUAAUGAGCAAGGAACCUGCAUCCAUACAUGCUUUGAAUAAAUCUUUUGAACAAGUCAAAGAUGUCCCUGUCUUAGGACUCCAUACAUCCGGGACAAGUGGUCAUCCAAAGCCAAUUUACUGGACGCAUGGGUCGAUCGCAGCCCUGGCUUCGCAUUCAGAGUCAUAUGGCGUCUACUCUGAAGAAUUUAAGUCCGAAGGCAAUACCAGCCUGUUACAGGAUGUUUUUGCGCCUGGAGAGGUCGUCAUGAUGCCUUUCCCUCUGUACCACGUACGUAUUCUUCCGAACCAAAUCAAAAUGUUGAUACUCUCAAAUCUUCGCGCAAUGGUCUAGAAGAUUUUGGAAGGAUUUGAUGAGAUUUAGACGGAGCAAGAACAGCGUUUCUUAUUUCUCUUAUGUCUCCUCGAUCUAUGACUUCGACUAGCGAGAAUAUAUGUGUGGUGCUCGCGAAGAUUGAUAGAUAUAAUACCGCUUUCUUUCACAAGUUUUGCGCCAUAUAAUGCUCACGAUUAUUAGAUGGGUGGCAUUAGUCCAGUGUUCUUCAGCAUUUUGUAUGGCAAUACCCACGUAAUGCCCGCUACCGGUACAAAAAUGACAUCCGAAAACAUCGCCGGGAUGUUGAGAGCCUCAAAAUCAACUACAGCGUGGCUAGCACCAUCUCUGUUGGAGGACAUGAUGGACGACUCCUCGAGUCUGGAAACUUUGGCAACAAUGAAGCAUGUAGUAUUCGGUGGAGGUCCUAGUAUGUCACCCAUUGUAAAAUCCUUCGUCUCACUGUUCUAUUCCAUGGUGAAGCUGAUAACAUAUUUGAACUCGGUCUAACUUCUCUGAUACAGUGAAUCCAACCAAGGGAAAUAAGUUAUCUAAAGUCAUCCCCCAUCUUUGUGGAUUUAUAGGUUCCACAGAAGGUGGUGCAUGCCAUCUCGUCUCACCUCCCGAUAGCUCACAUUGGAAUGAAUUCAAUUUCAUAGAUGUCGGGCAAAAAAUGGAGGAGGUUGAAGACGGGCUGUUUGAGUUGGUCUACCCGAAUACCGAAUUAACGAGGCGUUGCCAGCUCCAUUUUCACUCAUACCCAGAGCUAAGCGAGUACCGUACAAAGGAUUUGUUCAUAUCAGUUCCAGGAAAGAAGGGAUGGUGGACAUACCGUGGUCGAACAGAUAAUUGGGUCAUCAUGUCUAAUGCUCUGAAGAUGGAUCCAACUGAUAUUGAGAAUACCGUUGGAAGCCAUCCCGCUGUAAAAGGUGUGCUAGUGGCAGGUGACAGAAGGUACAGGCUCUGUCUCCUGGUUGAACUAAGAGAAAGUUUCAUACCCGCCAAUGAAACAGAACGAGAGGAAAUUCUAAACCAACUGUGGCCCUCGAUCGAAGAAGCCAACCAAAGCUCGACCAAGUAUGGGCGUAUACCACGGGAGCUUGUGUAUUUUGCUACACGUGAAAAGACAUUCCUGAGAGCUAGUAAGGGGACGAUACAGCGUCGCCUUACGAUUGAAGCUCAUGCCCAAGAAAUUGACGAUCUAUAUGCCAAGGCUGAACAAGGCCUAUUGACAAAGGAACUACCACGUCUCGAGACACUGGAUCAAGGGUCCAUCCAGAACCUUCUUCAGCACCUUUACUCCGAAGUCUUGGAAUUGGACGGAGGACUUGGCGUGAAUGAUGAUAUUCUUGCUUCGGGAAUAGACUCUUUUGGAACAAUGACUAUUUCUUCGCGUUUAAAAGCGGCUCUUCGGAAACACGGAGUCUCAGAGACCAAGUUGGACCUUGUAAGCGUCAAGAAUCUCUAUUCUGCAGUCACAAUCCAGGUACUAGCAAAGACACUAGUCAAUGCUUUAUCUGCCUCCGAUGAAGACAUUACUCCUGGACAGGUCCUCGAAUCCAACACAACCAGAAACGACAUUUUGGCGCUUAUUGAAAAAUACAGAGCGAAGGCACAAAGCCUUGUCAAGAAUACUGUAGUCACUGAGCAAAAUACAUCACAGAGCAUAGGAGACACCGUACUUCUUACUGGUUCAACUGGGUCGCUGGGAACAUACAUUCUUGAUGUCUUGCUUGCUCGGCCAGAUACCAAGAAGGUUAUCUGUCUGAAUCGCGGAAACAACGGAAUGGAAAGACAGAUGAAGUCUCUUGAAUCCAGAAAACUUCAACCUUUAUUACAGAUUGAAAAUAACAAGAAUCGAGUCAUAUUUCUGGAGGCUGAUCUCAAAAAUGAGCGACUCGGACUUAGCGUUGAAGACUAUGCCACUGUCACCCGCGAAACUACUGUCAUUGUUCACAACGCAUAUCCUGUCAACUUCCUUAUGAGUGUUUGGCAAUUCGAACCUCAAAUGCGCGGACUGCUCAAUCUCAUGCAACUCUCACUGGACGGAAAUGCAUCUCUGAUGUUUGUGUCAAGUAUAUCUACCGGAAUGUCAGCGACCGGGAAGCGCCAACACAUUCCCGAAAUUCUGCUCGAUACUGCAACUCAGGUGGGUGACUUGCUCCCGCAGGGUUACGCACAAUCCAAAUAUGUCUGUGAACAAAUGCUUGAGGCAUUUUCAGACAGUCUUGCUACUCGCCCGGUUUCUGUACUACGAGUUGGACAGAUUUGCGGACCGCGAUUAGGAGAUGGGCCUUGGAACAAAUGGGAGUGGUUUCCAUCCUUGGUUAUGAGCUCCCGCUUUCUGGGUGUUGCUCCAGACGACAUUGGCCAAGAGAUCAACUGGAUUCCAGUCGAUGAAUUGGCAAGCAUCAUGUCUGAUUUGAUAGACUAUACUCACACCAAAAGCGGAGAGGAGAGCAAAGAAAACUCCAAAACUUUGCAGGUUUUCAACGUUGUCAAUCCAAAGAUGUCUACAUGGAAAUCCCUACUUCCAGCCGUUCAAACUGCAGUACCGGCAACUGUCACAGUUUCUAAAUGGAUUGCUGUCUUGGAGGCUAGUGUAGAAAAGAGUGCCCAUUUUCUUGACCAGAAUCCAGGCGCAAAGUUGGUUGCCUUUUACCAAGGGGGGCUUGUGGGAUCUGGAAGACCUGAACCUGUUUACGAAGUUGAGAAACUUAUUCAGGCAAGCUCCACAGCUGCAAAGCUGGAGCCGGUUACUCAAUCGGACGUAAAAAAAUGGAUGGGUGCAUGGUUCUGA